GUCAUAAUUUUUAUCCCUUCUUUAUAAAGCGGGGUGUCUCGAAAUGAAAUAAUAAUUAAGUUAGUUUUAGAGAGAAGUAGUGUUUAAAGUUGUUUAAAACUCCAUUUGUGUUUAAAGUAACAAAACUGCAACAACAUCAGUUUAGUUCGCCAUGUAAUAAUACAUACAUCAAUGUGGAAAUAAUACAUCACCAUACAAUCAAGAAGUCCACUGACCAAAACGUCCUAUUCCUAUGUGUGGAUUGUAAUAAUAUCAAGUGGUUGUGAUAUUUAAUGAUGUGGCACGAGGCAAGGCGACAAGAACGUAAAAUUCGCGGAAUGCUAGUGGACUACAGAAGAAGAGCUGAACGCAGACGCGAUUUUUACGAAAGGAUAAAAGCAGAUCCCACCCAGUUCUUACAAAUACAUGGCAGACAAUGUAAGAUUCAUUUGGACCAGAAUACAGCAACGGCAGCUGAUAAUGCUGCAAUGAUGCCAUGGCAGGGUCAAAGUGACAAUCUGAUAGAUAGAUUUGACGUUAGGGCUCAUUUGGAUUAUAUACCAAAUGUCGAAAAAAGUGUUGAAGAAACACUCACCCAAGAAGAAAGAAACCUUAAUUAUGAAAGGUAUAGAAUAAUUGCUCAAAAUUCAUUUUUAGCUAUACCAGAGGAAAAAUUUUUAAAGCAAUUACACCUAGAAGAACAAUUUGGGUACACAGAAAUAAAAAGUAAAAAAGAUGUUAAAGGUGGAGCUACUAUUGGGUAUAAUUAUGAGGAUUCAACUAGUAUGCCGGUUGAAGCAAUUGAUGAAUCGGAGGAAGAAAAUUCGGAUAACGAUUUAGAUGUUGAUUUGGCUAUAAACGUUUCCAAAAUGGAUCCAGUACAAGCUAACGAUUUGAAUAAACAUGGUCGUGGUUAUGGAAUGAGCUCAAAUGAUUUUUAUUCAUUCUUAAUUAAUGACUUAGAAGAAGCAGAAGCUGAUAGGUUGGCAAGGGAAGAAGAACAAGAAAAAGCUUUGUUUUCGGGGCGAAAAUCGCGAAGGGAAAGAAGGUACCAUAGAGAAAAAAGACUAGCUAAUAGAACAAUAAGUCCUCCCAGUUACGCAGCUAAAGUUUCUCCACCACCUAAUAUUUUCGAACAUAGAUCCAAAUCCCGUUCUAAGUCACCUUCCCCAGAAAACGCUGGAAAAAUAACCUACAUUACAAGCUUUGGAGAAGAGGAGGAAACUCCAUCAAGUAGUAAAGCUAUUCCCUCGAGUAAAACAAAAUCAAAAGAUAAAGCUGAAUGUAACUCAGAGAAAUCAUCGUUGAAGAAACGCUUGUCACGGUCAAGGAGUAAAGACCGCUAUUGCCACAGAUCAAAAAAUAACUCAAGAAGGAAAAGUAGAUCGAGAUCCUCAUCCAGAUCGCGAUCAAAAUUAGUGAGUGGAAGUAGGACUUAUAAUAAUAGGAGAAGCCGUUCAAGAAGUAUAAGCAUUUCAAGGCUAAGAAGUGUAAGUGCUUCUAAAGGCCAAUCUAACAACAAGAGACGUCGAUCAUCCUCUUCGUCAUCCACAUCGUCCACCUCGUCAUCAUCUUCAAGUUCUAGUUCCAGUAGUUCGGAUUCUGAUAAAAACUCGAUCAAAAAUCUCUUAGAUACUGACAAGCAGAGUCCAGUCCAACCCGUAGACGGUCCUCCAAAGGUUAUACCUAGAUAUUACGGUAGAAAGCGGUCUGACGAAAGUUCGUCUGAGCCUACUAGUGAUCCUGAAGAUAAAACUACAGUAGAGGAUGGUAGUGUUGAGUCUCAAAAUAAAUCAGCAUAUUCCCGCACGAAUUCAAAUCCAAAUACAGUAUUGAGCAUCGCAGAGCGUUUUAAACGGAAAAGGCAAGCAUUACUAAAUAAACAGUUCAAAGCAGAUAAAAUAGCGGAACAAAUAAAAACUGAGAAAGAACGACUAGAACAACAAGCGAGAGUGGAUGAGCUGAGGGAGAUGUCUAUUAAAUUAAGAAAGCGGCAACGAGAAAAGCGUCAUGCUAACGAUAGUGGAAGGUCUUCAAGUUCUGAUGAAAGUAGCGGAAGUAGUCAUUCUUCAUUUACUAAAGAGCAAUCAAUAAGUCCUAUUCGUGAGAAGGAAAAAAGGAACGAGGCUAGUUCUAGUAACUCACGAAAUCAUGAGUCUAAACAGGAUUAUAGAUAUCGAAGAGAUAGAAGAUCCAGGUCCAGUAGCCGUAAAAGAACUAGUAGUAGAGAUUGGAAACGAAAUAGCAGGGAUGCAGAUAUCAGGAAUAAAAGAGAUGAAAGGGAUACAGGUAAGAGGGAGGAUAGGGAUAGGAGAGAUAGGGAUGACAGAGAUAGGGAAGACAGAGAUAGGGAAGACCGAGAUAGGGAAGACCGAGAUAGAAGAAAUAGAGACUAUGAUAGAAGAGAUAGAAGAAGAGAUGAAGAUGAUAAAUAUAGAAGGGGUAGAUAGGUUAUUCUCAAAAAAUGGAUCAAAUACUUUAAACCGUUUCUUAUGAAGAAUCGUAGUGUAAUCUUUGAAUAUAUACUUACGCCGUUUUACUCAUAUGAUUAUGUGUCCUGAAGAACCCUUUUUUUUCUAGAUUUUGUAACGGCUGAAAGCUUUCAUUUUUUCUGUUUGUACAUCUUUCUAAUUACUUGAGUGUGAUAAGACUCUUCCAGGUCUUCCCGUUUUCUUCCUCAUUUCUGGUAUUUCAGUAUUCUCCUUGAGUGCAUUUGAAUUACACCUCAAUAUCAACUAAGUUAAUCCUUUGAUUUCUCCUCGGAUAUUGAUUUUCAUUGUGGCUAUUGUUCUGGUAAAGUUUUUUUUCAUUCCAUGUAGUUUACUUUUAGUUUUAUUGUAAAAUGGAAUCUCCAUUACACUAUUGCUACUACGAAGGUAUUGUGUACUUUCGUUUUUUGCUUUUAAUUCUAUCACAGUAUUGCAAACAAACAGUAGUGACACUCUCGGCGCCUUUAAAUUUUUUGAAGUCCAGUUUUAUACGAAAAGUUACGAAUGGAUUAGCUCAAUGAAAAAUCUUUCUGGUAAUCAUAAUGACUAAAAUCCUUAUUGUAGGGCUUAGGGUUAGAAAUAUUAGACUAAUUAAAUAUGUCAAAGAAGUUAUCAAAUCUUUGAAUGAUCUCAGUAGUUCCAACAGCUUUAAGAGGCAACAUAUUAAAACGAUUCUACAAUAUUAACGACGUUCUACACCUUCGGCAAAGAAUUAAGGAUUUGCAUGAAAUUUUAGUAUGUUAUAGUUUACUAUAAAAAACUAAGACCUGAUUUUUUAAAAAUUGUUUUACCGUGCCGUUUAAUUACUAUUAAGGGUCAAAGUUAAGUCUUAACAUGGGCUCUUAUGGAAAUUCUUAAAAAGUUAAUAACUUUUGACCCAAAUUUACGAUUUUUAAUUAUUUGUGCUUAAAUUAAAGGUUUUUUUUGUAAGGAAUAACAUAUUAAAAAAUGAGGAUUGUUUACCGUACCAUUUAUUUUUAAUUUAUUUAUUAUAAUUAAUUCCGUAAUUUAUUAUAAUUUAUUUUUAUAAAAUAUUCAAUACUGAAACAUAUGAUUUGAGUAGUCUGCUAUAAAUGCAUUGUUACCAACUUUCGCUUGCAUAUAAGUUUCCCCCCUUUCCUCUGAGAGGCAUACCCUGCAACGAAGGUGUAGAACGUUAAACCAGCAGCAACUGUGCUACUACGCACCUGAGUUACUAGUCAAACCUUCCAGAUUGAAAUUAUGUGGAAGCGCAGCGAGUUCUGCGACUUUUCGCCUCAAUCUGUCUGCGCUGAAAAAAAUGUGUAACUUCAUCAAGGUCUCAGAGUGGCACUACUGUUUGUGAUAUUUACUGGGAUUUUGUAUUCUGGGAGUUAAUUACAAUUGUUUGAUUAAAAACAUUUUAUUUUACAUUUCGAUCUCCAGCACAAAAGUUAGUAAAAAAGUAUUUGAACAUCAAAUGUAGCCCUUAAUAGUCUAAGAUCCGAAUAUAGGUCGAUCUGUACUCAUCUGCGUGCCGGAUGAAACAUUGUUUUUAUUAAAUUUGAUACAUAGACAAAUAUUUCUAGCAUGGGUUGCCUAUCAAAAUCGUGUCGUAGCUAUCCUUAAGGGGUGGGGCGUAGGGGUUGGAAUCAAUAUUUCAAGCACAUUUUUUUUGAAAAUAUGGUAGAAUUGUUUUAUUUUUAAAUCAAAUAUGCAUAUUCAGUACAAUUCGUAGAUUAUUCAAGAAAAAAUUCAAAGAAAAAUAUUGAAACAUAAGCCAACGGUGGCAAAUUUUUGAAGACACCUCAAAAUAUAAUGAAUUUUGCGGUGGACAUCAGAACUCAUCAUUAGCUCAUGGUGAACAAAAAAUUCAAAAAUAUUUUAUUAGCUUAUAAGUUUUUCGAGGUAUCGCUGUCGAUUUUUUUAGUUUUAUCGACUUUUAACUUUUUGAUAUCACUCAGAAGUCAAAACAACGAUUUUUUUUGCAAAAAAAAGGUGAAAAUCAACGUAUUUGUUAUUGUUAAACAAAAAAUAAGCAUAAAACAAAAAAUAUCUCGACAGCGUUACCUCAAGGAUUAUCUAAAGAAAAUAUAUACAAAAUUCCAGGUGAGUCGGUCAAGUAGUUUUUGAGUUACAAUGUCAGCCUUUGAAAAAAGCGUUUAUUGUUAACUUUUAUUUUCAAUUUCAUUUUUGUCUGUCAAAUCAUAAAAUUAUGCACACCGGAAUAUUUUUUUGAAUUGCGGAGUAAUUUACAAAAGAAAAGAAAACAAAGCUGUUGACCGUUGUUCACUACGUUCAAGCGUGCUGGCGCUAAUCUGCUUCAAAGCGAAUCGAAGAUAGGGAUAUUCAACACCAUCUCCCUACCUUCGACUCGCUUUGCAGCAAGUUCGCGCCAGCGCACUUGAGCGUAGUGAGAAACGAUCAACAGCUGUUCUCAUAUUCAUUUGUAAAUUAUUCCGCGAUUCAAAGAACAUAUUCCGGUGUGCAUCGUGUGCAUCACUUUACGAUUUGACAGACAAAAAAAAAUUGAAAAUAAAAGUUGACAAUACUUUAAACGCAUUUUUCUCAAAACUACAUUUUUCAAACUCUGUAGACAUUGUAACUCAAAUCUACUUGACCAACCCACCUGGAAUUUUGUAUAUAUUUUCUUUAGACAUUCCUUGAGGUAACGCUUUCGAGAUAUUUUUUGUUUUAUACUAAUUUUUUGUUUAACAAUAAUAAAUAUGUUGAUUUUCACCCUUUUUUGCAAAAAAAUUCGUUGUUUUGACUUCCGAGUGAUAUCAAAAAGUCAAAACUAAAAAAACUCGACAGAGUUACCUUUAAAAACUCAUACGCUAAUAACAUCUUUUUGAAUUUUUUGUUUAACAUGAUUCAAUGAUGAGUUCUGAUGUCCACCGCAAAAUUCAUUGUUUUUUGAGGUGUCUUGAAAAAUUUGCCCCCGUUGGCUUAUUUUUCAAUAUUUUUCCUUGAAUUUUUUCUUAAAUAGUCUAUGAAUUCUACUGAAUAUGCCUACUUAAUUUAAAAAUAAUAUAAUUCUACCAUACUUUCAAAAAAAAAACAGUGUGCUUGAAAUGUUGAUUUCAACCCCUACGGCCACCCCUUACGGACAGCUAUGACACGAUUUUGAUAGGCAACCCAUGCUAGAAAUAUUUGUCUAUGUAUGAAAUUUAAUAAAAACAAUGUUUCAUCCGGCAAGCAGAUAGGUACAGUUCGACCUAUACUCGGAUGCCUUACUAUUAAGGGUUUAUAAAAUAAUAAAUAUACCUUUUAUAAAGGAAUUUUUCAUUAAAGUUAUUUGUGAUUAGUGAUAUACAGCCAGCUACGGAUAAUUCUUUCUUGUAAAGUCUACUAUUGUUAAAAAUUAUUAAUGUAUAUAGCGAAAUGUUUUGAUUAACUUGUUUGCAAAUCAAUCAUUACGUUUGUGCAAAGAUCUGUUGGAACAAGAAGUGUACGUAGGUAUAUUGAUAUCUCAUCCAAUAUUAAUAAAUUAAGGAUCAGUCUACAGCAGCGUUUCCCAACCGGUGGGUCGCGACCCACUAGUGAGUCACGGGUGAGUUACAGGUGGGUCGCGGCGUGGCUCUUACAGUAACUGAAUAACGUACAUACAGUGAGCACGUAAAGGUUGGAAUUAAUUCAUUUUUUCGAGAAUGGACGAUUUUGUAAAAAAAUCCCGAAACAGGUCAAUUUUUAUUUUUAAAUUACGACUUUUUGGCAUAUAUAUCAUACUAGUGACGUCACCCAUCUGGGCGUGAUGACGUCAUCGAUGAUUUUUUUUAAAUGAGAAUAAGGGUCGUGUGAUAGCUCAUUUGAAAGAUAAUUCAAUUCUCUAUUCAGUAGUAUAAACAUUAAUAUAAUUAUUUAUACAGGGCGUCCAAAAAAAAAUUUUAAUUAAAUUUAUUGACAAAAAGAAGAAUGUAUUUGUGUUUAUUUGAAAACUAAUUGUCGGUUUUCGCUUAAAUUAAAUGUUCAAAUGGUCAAGAGGCAGGUGGGUUGCGGCAUUAAUAUUAAAUUUAAGCAAAAAACAAUAUUUAUUUGUUAAAGUAACAUUUUUUUCUGUUUUCUGAGAGCAGUAAAAUGUAUUUUGAAUUAAAUAAAUUACAUAAAUUCUUCUUUUUAUGCCAAUAAAUUUAUUUCAAAAAUUUCUUUUUGGACACCCUGUAUGGUAUGGUAAAUUAUGUUAAUGUUUAUACUACUGAAUAGAGAAUUGAAUUGCCUUUAAAAUGAGCUAUCACACGACCCUAUUCUCAUUUAAAAAAAUCAUUAAUGACGUCAUCACGCUUAGAUGGGUGACGUCACUAGUAUGAUAUAUAUGCCAAAAAGUCGUAAUUUAAAAAUAAAAAUUGACCUCUUUCGGGAUUUUUUUUUUUGCAAAAUCGUCCAUUCUCGAGAAAAUGAAUUUAUUCCAACCUUUACGUGCUCACUGUAUAUAUCAUCAUGGGUGGGGGAUGGUUCGCAAAUACGAAAAAACAUCAGAAGGUGGGUCGCCAGACAUAAAAGGUUCGAAACCACUGGUCUAGAGUAAUAUUAUGUAUUUUUUUUCGAUAAAUAUUUUGUAUUGAAUAUUUUCACGGCCAACCUAAUGAAAUUUCACGUAAUUUUUGUUGCAAUAAUUGUUUGGCUUAAUGAAUCACGAAUAACUCACAAAUUAAAGCAAUGCUUAAGAAAUAAAAAAGUACCAUAAAAUAUAAUUUUAUUAUAAUACUAAAAUACAGGGUGUUCCAUUUGAAAAAACUCAGACAACAAUGAUUCCGAGUUUACAACCAAGCCUGGAUACUAAAAUUGAAAAUUUCGCUAUACCUAUUAAAAAUAGUAGACUAUAUUAAAAAUCAUUUGAACAUAAAUAGAUUUUUUGAUAUCAAAUCACGACAUUUCUAAUACGAAAUUAAUAAAAAAGACCGUAAUUAUCUUUUAAACAUCGAGGCAAAUCCAAAAAUGUAAAAAUAUACAGGGUGUUCCAUUAAAAAAAUCAUAAGUUUCUUAACCGUGUCAAUCAGGAAGACUUUGUAUAUUUAAAAAUAUUUUAUAAUUUGACUUCCUCGCACUAAUGCUUUAUUAAUACCUUUUGUUUGGCAUACAUAUAGGAUGGUGGUCGGCCUUAUAGUUCCCAUGUAAAUGUAUUCUAUAGCUUUAAUCUUACAAUUGUGGCUAAUCUCAGAAUAUAUUAUUUAAAAAGAAAAAUAUUGUACUAGCUUUAGAACCAUAUUAACUAGAUGUCUCCUUAAAAAUAUAAUAUUAUUUUUUUGGUGGUAUGUUGCCGAUUUUGUUGCUUUUACAAAUACUUAAAGUCACAGUGAAUCUCUAUUUGGUUCUUAUUGAUAUCCAUCAUUCUGUCAUAUAGGUGUGAUAAAUUUGUUUUAUCCAUACAUUAUUUAUUUAUUUAUUUAACUGCUUAGGUUGUGUGAUACCUUAUUCUCUCUAUUACAUAGAACCUAAGUUACAUAUAUGUUUUGUGUGUUUUUUUCGUGGGCUCACUUAUUUGUAAGUUGUUUAUACAAAUAAAGAUGAAAACAUUUAGGUCUUUGUUCCAUUGUUAAUGAUUUUUUGAAUUAUAUAAGUACAUAUACUAAAUUUACACUCAAGAUGCAGUAGAAAUAAACAAACCAAGACACGUUAAAUGCUACUAUGAGCACUCCCGAGUCAUAAUUUACAAUGUAUAUGUUACGGUCAAUGAUGUAAAUUAAACAUUGACGUUGAUGGCCGGGCAUUGUCGUGAAUGUCCAUUUUCCUUGGUUAUUAACGACAAUGCUCGGCCAUUAACGACAAUAACCUUAGCUAUUGGCCAAUGUUGUAAAAACUUAACGUAAAUUUAGAUUUUUCAUCAAUAACCGGUCAAUAACGACAGUGGCCAGAAGCAAAUGGCCAAUGUUGAUAAAUCAAUGCCUCAGCAGCCCAUCGGUGUAAGUCAAUAAGUGUUUAAAAUGAGAUACUAAGAUGUUUCUGAAAGUAGUUGCAGAAAUAUAAGUAGUUAUUAAAAACAAAUAAAACGUACCUAUUUAUUUAUCAUAAUAUGGGUAACAUGUUCAUAAAUACAAACAAGGAAAUAAUAAUAUUUUUAUAUACAGUAUGGUGCAAAUGAAAGGAAUAAAUUCGUUGUUUUGUAAACCGGCGACUUCAAGGAAAAAAGGAUUUUUUUAAAUUGAAUAAAUUUUAUUCCUGAAGGCCAAUCUUCAGUUUGGUUUUCAUCCAUCCAUGCCCCUAACAUUCCUUCUAUAUCCUUGUUAGCUCGCUUCACUGACCCCUGACUUUGGCUGUGUCUGGGUUUUCCAUGAACAAUUUUUACUUCCGGCCACAUAGUGUGUAAUUUAAUUAUAACUGAGUUAACGAUUCUCGUCCAUUAUCAGAAUCUAAAAUAAGAGGUGCACCAAACGUUGUGUAAAUUUCCAACAAGUUUAUUGCAAUUUCUUCAGCCUUUUUUGUUUUUAAAGGUUUCAAGAUUACAAAUUUCGUAAGAUGGUCUUGGUAUACCAUUAUAAAUCAAAAAUGAAUGAAUUAAAUUAUUAAAAUGCGUGAAUUAAAAUUUGAAUGUAAAAUUGGCUUCGAAACCAAACCUUUUCUUGGGUUACUACUCUUUUUCUGACACUGCAUACAAAGUCGUAGGUAAAUCAUUAUUGAUUCCUUAGUUACAUUACAAUAAAAUUUAUUUAUUUCGGAAACCAUACGAUUGCGUCCACCAUGCCCAAUUGCUAAGUGUGCAUUAUGAAUGAUAUCAAAUAAUUCUUCAGUUGUAAGAUAAUAUUUUAGACUGGGUGUUUUCGUCAACUGGCAUAAUAAGUCGCUCUUUACCACUUAUUGUAAUUACAUCAUAUUUACAAUCCAUUCUAUAGUGCUUUGUUGUUUUUUUAGCACCCGGUGUUCUCAAAAUAUUUUUCGCUUCUUUAAUUUCACUUAUUCGGCGAUUGUAUUCGUCACAGUUUAAAAAUGAUUUAUUGUCAUCACGUUUUGACUUGACUAUUAAGUUUAUAUAAUUAUUAAAACGAGUGCCCACAUCGUUGAUAUUAAUGAUAACACUUAUUAAAUAAAUUUACGAAUAAUUUCAGCACGAAAACAAUACACAAAAUACACACAUGAAGUAAACAAUAGUAAACCUACACAUAACCUAUCUUUUAGUCAAAAUUUCAACAUUGACCGAUUAACAACGGGCAUUGUCGACAUUGGCCGGGCAAUGAUAGAAAUGUUAUCAAGAAUUUAAAAUUAUCAUCAAUGUCCAGUUUCUAUGGACAAUAACGUUAAUAUCCGGCCAUUGUCGAUAUUGGCCGGCCAAUAACGUUAUUGGCCGGAUUUACGUCAUUGUCCGUAACAUAUAUACAACGUAAAUCCAAAUCAUGAUUUUCAAAGUUUAUACAUUGUAAAUUAUGAUUAGGGAGUGCUCCUAGUAGCAUUUAACGUGUCUUGGUUUGUUUAUUUCUACUGCAUCUUGAUUGUAAAUUUAGUAUAGUUAUUUGUAUUUGGUAUUCAGUAUAUGUUUACGAUCUGUUUUCGUUUUUAUGUUUUAUAUUUAUACAGUGUGUUAUAACGAAAAUGUGACCCCUCCAGAGACUCAGAAACCAAGAUUUUAUUCAGAAUUUAAAAAAAAAACACGUCAAUUUAUACUGAGAGGGGGACGAAUUUACAUGCAAAAUUCAUGCCCUCAAAUGUAACCCCCUACUGCCACGCAUCGACCCCCACUUUUUUUUAAAUAGCAAGUGUGGUCAAGUGGCACAUCAUUUGAUAGGUAAUUUUUUUCUCUACACGACACUCUAUUUUUUAAUUUGCAGAAUAACUGAAGGUAAUUUUUCUGACCUCCAUACAAUAAUACAGUCUAUUUUCAAAGCCUCUUCGUAUAUUUGCAAAUACCUCAAUAUUAUAUUAUUGAGAUGAUAUUCAACCAAUAAAUUAGUUAAAUCCAAAAUUAUGUUUUAAGUUAUUACGUGAAUUAAAAAAAAUAGAGUGUCGUGUAAAGAGAAAAAAGUACCUUUCAAAUGAUGUGCCACUUGACCACACUUGCUAUUUAAAAAAAAAGUGGGGGUCGAUGCGUGGCAGUAGAGGGUUACAUUUAAGAGCAAGAAUUUUGCAUGAAAAUUCGUCCCCCUCCCAUUAAAAAUUGACGUGUUGUUUUUUUAAAUUUUGAAGAAACUCUUGGUUUCUGAGUUUCUGGAGGGGUGAAAUUUUCGUUGGAACCAGAAUGUAUAUUUCUCACCAUUCUGCUAAUAGCGCAAUACAAUUUCUAAUAAUAAUUAUUUCACAGUUACAUGUAUUCGUAGUUUAAAUAUUUUGUAUAUAUUCUUUGUUUUGUUUUUAUUUAAUUUCUCUUCCAUGCCACCGUUGUGAUUUUUCUUUAUCUAUUUAACUUUUAUGUUUAAAUUUUCCGCUUAGUUUCUGAAUUUUUUUUAUCUUCCGAAUUGUCUCGCUUUUAUCCUGCUUCGACUACAAUUAUUUUCGUAUAACUGAUUUAUCGGUGAGUUCUCAUCUUCUUCUUCUAAUAUGAAUCAAAUAGUCUAAGACUAAAGGUGCACUGUCCCACGGUAUCUUCUACUUAGGAGGUUUAGCUCUUUUUAAUAUGUCUAGAAAAAUAACAAGGAGGGAAAGCUUCAUCCACGGAAGUGACACUGGACCAUAAAAGUGGCAAAUUUGUAUAACUUGAAUUACGUACUUUUGUUUAUUACAGAAUAAAACGUUUAUUUUA